GCCGGCCCCAGGACCUAGCCGAGCGCGGUCGCUCCCGGCGCCUCCCCCCAUGCUGCUCGGAGCGUCCUGGCUGUGCGCGUCCAAGGCGGCCGCCGCUGCAGCGCAGAGCGAGGGAGACGAGGACGGUCCGGGCGAGCGGCGGCGGCGGCGGGCGGCGGCCGCGGCGGCGGGCGAGGACAUGGACGAGUCGUCGCUGCUGGACCUGCUGGAGUGCUCCGUGUGCCUGGAGCGCUUGGACACCACGGCCAAGGUGCUGCCGUGCCAGCACACCUUCUGCCGCCGCUGCCUGGAGAGCAUCGUGUGCUCGCGCCACGAGCUGCGCUGCCCCGAGUGCCGCAUCCUGGUGGGCUGCGGCGUGGACGAGCUGCCCGCCAACAUCCUGCUGGUGCGCCUGCUGGACGGCAUCCGCCAGCGGCCGCGCGCGGGCGCGAGUCCCGGCGGCAGCCCGCCCGCGCGCCCCGGCCCUGGCCCUGGUGCAGCCCCGGCCCUCGCCGGCGGCGGGGGCGGCGCGGCCGGCAGCGCCCCGGGCUCCCCAGUCUUUCUCCCCGCGGCUGCGGGCAGCGCCGCGGCCGGCCUGUGCGAACUGGUGACCAGCAGGAGCGCGCCCGUGGCCAAGAAUCUCUGCCAGCCUCCCUACGGCAAAGCCCUCUACAGCUACGAGGGGAAGGAACCCGGGGACCUCAAGUUCAACAAGGGGGACCUCAUCGUCCUGCGGCACAAGGUGGAUGAGCACUGGUACCACGGCGAGCUGCGCGGCGCCCAGGGCUUCCUCCCGGCCAGCUACGUCCAGUGCGUCCGGCCCUUGCCACAGGCCCCGCCGCAGGGCAAGGCACUUUAUGAUUUCGAGAUGAAGGACAGAGAUCAAGACAAGGACUGCCUGGCCUUUACCAAGGAUGAAAUUUUGACCGUCAUCCGAAGAGUGGACGAUAACUGGGCAGAAGGAAUGCUUGGGGACAAGAUUGGCAUCUUCCCCCUGCUGUACGUGGAGCUCAACGACUCCGCCAAGCAGCUCAUUGAGAUGGACAAGCCGUGCCCAGCCGCUGCAUCUGGCUGUGACGCCUCCUUGCCCUGUGACGCCGGCGCUGUGGCCAGCGCGGCCCCGGGCCCCGCCGUGAGCAGCUCAGGGGCGGUCAGUGCCUUUCAGCGGCGUGUGGACAGCAAGAAGAAUACCAAGAAGCGCCACUCCUUCACGGCGCUCAGCGUGACGCACAAAUCCUCACAGGCCGCCAGCCACCGGCAUUCCAUGGAGAUCAGCGCCCCGGUGCUGAUCAGCUCCAGCGACCCCCGGGCCGCGGCCAGGAUCGGGGACCUGGCUCACCUGUCUUGUGCCGCUCCCCUCCAGGAUUCCUCCUCGGCUGGACCCGCCCCCUCGGCCGUCCCCCGAGCCGCCACCGUGGCUGGAGAGCACAGCACAUCUCCCAAAGUCCAGCUCCCCCUCAACGUGCACCUGGCGCUGUACGCCUACAAGCCCCAGAAGAAUGACGAACUGGAGCUGCGCAAGGGCGAGAUGUACCGGGUGCUGGAGAAGUGCCAGGACGGCUGGUUCAAGGGCGCGUCCCUGAGGACCGGCCUCUCCGGGGUGUUUCCCGGCAACUACGUGACGCCCGUGUCCAGGGUUCCUGUAGGAGGGGCAGGGCCUCCUCGGAAUAAUGGGGUCGGAGGGUCUCCACUGGCCAAAGGGAUGGCCACAACCAUGCACCCUGGCGGUGGGAGCCUGAGCAGCCCGGCCACUGCCACCAGGCCCGCCCUGCCCCUCACCACGCCACAGGCCCAUGCCCAGCACUUGGCAGCCUCCCCGCCAGCCGGCAGCUGUCUGCGGCACAUGGCCCAGCCGACGGCCAGCCAGGCCCGGAGCACCAUCCCAACAGCUACAGCUGCCCACUCUUCGGCCCAGGCUCAAGACCGACCAACUGCUACCGUGUCGCCCCUGCGCACCCCAAACUCUCCGUCCCGCCUGCCUGCCACCAGCCUCAGGCCCCGCUCCAUUGCAUCCCCGCAGCACGGCCACCAGCCCCCAGCGCAGGUGUGCCCCCGGCCGGCCAUCCCUCUCUCGUCCGCAGCCUCAGCCAUCACACCUCCCAACGUCAGUGCAGCCAACCUCAACGGGGAGGCCAUCAGUGGCCUGUGCCUGUCCAGCCCCACCAACACAGGGUGCAAAGCCGAAGAGAAGAAAAAUGAAAAGAAGGAGAAGAAGAGCGGGCUGCUGAAGCUGCUGGCCGGGGCGUCCACCAAGAAGAAGCCACGCUCCCCGCCGUCCGUCUCUCCGACCCACGACUCCCACGUGGCCGUGGACGCCGUGCUGCAGGGCGCAGUGGGCCCGGAAGUGUCCUCGCUGUCCGUCCACGGCAGGGCCGGCUCUUGCCCCAUAGAGAGCGAGAUGCGAGGAGCCAUGGGGCUGGAGCCGCUGCACAGGAAGGCCGGCUCCUUGGAUCUCAACUUCUCCUCGUCCCCUUCCCGGCAGGCAUCUCUGUCCAUGGUUGCCAUCCGGCCCGAGCCCAAGCCGUUGCCCAGUGAGAGGUACCGCGUGGUGGUCUCCUACCCACCCCAGAGCGAGGCGGAGAUCGAGCUGAAGGAAGGCGACGUGGUCUUCGUGCACAAGAAGCGUGAGGACGGCUGGUACAAGGGCACGCUGCAGCGCAACGGCCGCACCGGCCUCUUCCCGGGCAGCUUUGUGGAGAGCUUCUGAGGGGCCCCUGCACCCCGCUCACGCCCAGCGGCGGCACGAGGUCCCUCCUGAGGCACCUGGCGGGGGACGCCCUGGGCUGGGGCAGGGUUGGGGGUGUGGAGGUCGCGCCUUGGCCCAGACGCCCGGCUGAGAGUGGGCCUGGGCGGUUAGGUGCUGUGUGAGCCCUGGGAGCAGGCAGGCUCCCACACAGGCAGGGAGCUGCAGCCGCCUUGGGCACUCGCAAGCUGGCUGGGCCAAGGGCCUUAGGGAACAUCUCUCCGGGCUGUCCUGGGCCGUGCGGUGGGGGUCCAGCAUCCCGGGCAGUCUCUAUAUACCUCAGGCACCUGCCACGGCCCAGGCGGGCCUCACCUGGGGAGGGCCCCCCAAGCCUUUGGCGCGAGGCCGCUGCGGGUGGCCAGAGUGCAGUCCCACAUGGCUUUGUCUGCUGCCAGGAUUCUAAGCAACACUUUUGUUUUUGCCACCACUGUCCCUUGCUUCUUUCUUACAACAUCUUUUUAACAUAAAGCUGUUAGACUUUAUAUAUUUCUAAUAGGUCAGACAUUGCCUAUUUUCAUACAUCUGGUGCUGCCUUUUUUGUAAAACUAGUAAUGACUUGGUUGAGCUUGAAAGAAACAUGUCUGAGGCGACAUCAAAGGGGCAGGGAUUUUAUAUUUACCAUAUGAAUUCUGGAGCCCGCCAGGAAGCCCAGUCCUGGGAGCUGGCCGUGGCUGGGGCUCCGCGGGGCGGGAGCCGGCCCGUGUGGGUGGUUGAAAAUCCAUCCUUUACGCCUUUACCAAAACCCUGCGCUCUGUCUAGACAGUGGUGAUUAUUAUUCAAGAACUGGAAACCUGUCAAGGGAAGGCCACUCUAAUUGCCCUCGUGUGUGGCAGUAAAAAGGACACGCAGGUCGGCCCCAGCCUGGGGAGGCGGAGUCUUCCUGUCGCUGCUUCAGAGAGCAGUUACAGUCGCUCUCAACACGGAGUCCCGGUCACCAACACGUGCGGUUUUUACUGCACUUCCGAUCCCCACCUUGCAAAGGUUUCCCUCUUCUUUUACAAAAAUGCACGGCUGCUCCCUCUCGGGUAGCGCUAAGCCGCCGGCUGCUGGAGACCAGAGUGGGACGCAGGCUCGAGGCGCAGAGUCCGGGGCCCGCGCAGGGAGAGGAGCAAGGAGGAGAGGCUUUGAUCUAUGGCUCUCCCCGAAGCGGGGCUGAAGGAUUCGUGUUCGUCGGCACGCAGGCUCUCUACCCCC